GCGCCCCUGCGGACAAUUCCGCCACCUAGCGGCCAACGGAGCGAACAGCGCCUCUCGACUCCAGAUAUUUGGGAAGAUGGCGACGGGAGUCCUUCAGAGAGUGACCACCGGCUUGGCUCGGGCUAAAAGCGGGGCCCGGUCGGCCGGACAGCUUCCCGUUUGGAGCAGAUGCUUUUCGACAUCCGGCGUCAGCAGAGAAGAGAGCUGGUUCAAGUCACUUUUUGUCAGGAAAGUUGACCCCAGGAAAGAUGCGCACUCAACUCUGCUGACCAAAAAUGAGGAAAGCAACCUGUACAAAAUCCAGUUCCACAACGUGAAGCCGGAGUGCCUUGACGCAUACAACAAACUGUGUGAGGACGUUUUGCCCUCCAUCCAUGCCGAUAAGUACUACCCCUGCGAGCUGGUGGGCACCUGGAAUACUUGGUAUGGAGAACAGGACCAGGCUGUUCACCUGUGGCGUUAUAGGGGUGGUUACCCGGCUCUGACGGAGGUGAUGAACAAACUACGUCAGAACAAGGAGUUCACGGAGUACCGCAAGGAGCGCGGGAAGAUGCUGCUGUCUCGCAGGAACCAGCUCCUGCUGGAGUUCAGUUUCUGGAACGAGCCGGUACCCAGGGAGGGACCCAACAUCUACGAGCUCAGGUCCUACCAACUCAGGCCAGGAACGAUGAUCGAGUGGGGUAAUUACUGGGCUCGAGCUAUCGGAAUCCGCCAACAGAACAGCGAAGCCGUCGGAGGCUUUUUCUCACAGAUCGGGAAUCUCUACAUGGUCCAUCACCUUUGGGCCUACAAAGACCUUCAAUCCAGGGAGGACACCAGGAACGGCGCGUGGCAGGAGGAAGGCUGGCACGAGGUGGUCUACUAUACAGUUCCUCUUAUCCAGCAUAUGGAUUCCCGGAUUAUGAUCCCCACCAAGGCGUCGCCGCUGAAGUGAAAGCGUCCCGAGCGGUACCCCCGACGAUUGAGUCGCUUCCGGCGACUACGCGGCCCCUUUUCGUUCAUCGUUGGGUUUUUUUCGUGAUUCGGGAUUGGUAACGCUGUGAGAGAUCAAAGGGCAGAUGAAGGAGUACAUUUACAUAUUCUGAUGGCCGUCGCCGGGCUACACGUUUAAAAAAAAAAAAAAAACCAAGUGUAAUUGUACGGGUAAGUAUUUAUUGUACAUUUCCCAGUUGGUGUUGUCGUUACAGUUGUACUCAAAACUGAUCGAUACCAGUUAAAUUGUUGCGGUACGUAUUUAAACGUUCUUUUUCUUUUGGCUCCUCUAAAACAACAUUUAGCAGAUCAUUACAAUUAACAGUGGAGGUUGAAUCGUGAUUAAAAGUAACUAUUUGGCGAACCGCAUACUGUAAUUCUCGGCCGACAGAACGCACCCGGUUAGAAGCCAGAAAGAGUUUGACGCUGGCGCGGCGCUAGCGUUAGCGCACCUGGAUCGGUACCGAGGCUUAUAACCAGGUGCGCUAAUGCUAACGCUAGCACUGCAUCGUCGCAUAAACCGCAGGGUUGAAAGCGUGUGAAAAAAAGUUGUGGCUUGUACGCCAGAAAUUACGGUGAUGGUGUAGCAUGCGCGAAGUUGGGCGUGGAAAUGGACACACGGUGCCAAUCCGCCUCACUACAAACAACGACGUUGGGAUUUUCGGCAGGUCAACUUUGCGUCGCCACGGCAACUCAACCGCACUUAAUCCCGUAAUUCCGACAUCCGCUCUGGCGACAUAUUCACUAAAUCGUUGAUGAACAAGUUUAGAAGCUACCAAAGUGACUUGAAAUUAUUAUUAUUGUUUUGUUUUUUAAAGCAGCACCUGGAUGGCGUGUACAUGUCACAAAAUUGAUCGCAUCGUCACUGCCGGACCUCACGACAGCGUGCGACACGGGCGGCUUUUAUUUAUUCGGCGUUAACACGUUAACUGUUCAAACGUUGGCUGGAAUAACAUUUCAACUUUGUGUGGCACUGUCAGGUUUUUUUUUUUUUUUUUCACAUCAGGACUGAAAUUCAUCUUUUGCUGUUUUUUUCCUAAAUUACGUGGAUCGUUUCGACAUGAUCAGUUAUUCAGGUCUUGUUUGUUGUAAAUGUGAGCUUUUUUUUUUUCAAUCUUUUGUCAACUAAGCAUGCCUUGUUUUAAAACAAAACAAAAAAAAAUAUGUGAUGUAAGAAGAUAUUUUCAGGAGGGGGUUAAUGAUGCCACAACGUUGGCAUCAUACCGCUACAUUAUUGCCAGAUUUUAUCUGAAAAAAAAAAAAAAAAGUCUUUCAAGGGCAAUAAUGACACAAACAUAAAAAAAAAAAAUUCAAGCAACAAUCUUCAUAGUCUGUUUGUGUUUAAUAAUCAUCGUCUUAACGUGUAAUUCACUGCAGUCUCUCCUUCACUUUUUCCAUAUUUUUUAAAAAAUGUAUUUUUUUCCCCCACAUUGCACUUUCCUCCGUGUAGGACUUGUAAGUCUUAGAUUGGUGAUUUCUUUUUUUUUUUUAAAGUGCCUGAAACAAAAAUAGUUUUAACUUCCACACAGGCAGCGGAUAUUUUUUUAUAGUAUGUUCUAGCAUAAAAAUGAAAAAAAAUCAAGAUGGUGGAAACCACCUAAAGGUAGAAUUGGUCGGACUAAAGUACAACACGGUCAUUGGUUAAAAAUCUCGACAUAAAUGGAGUGUGCACAGUGGAUAAAAAUAUCUGAUACACACCUUUUGGUGCAAAUAACAUUAGUAAAGUUUAAAAUUAAAAAAAAAAAAAAAA